AUGAAAUCAUAUUCUGAAUUUUUCCCAACGAAAUUACCAAAUGAAGCUCUUCUUAUUAUAUUUUCUUAUUUAUCAUGGUUCGAAAUGUUAACUUUUUGGUCAUUAAAUAAUCGCAUAAAUAAUCUUACUUGUUCAAUUAUUUCAAUAAAUGAUAAUCGAAAAAAUAAUGGUAUUGUUAUUAAAAACUCAGGUUUAUCUUAUGACAAAUAUUAUUUAAGAUUAUUACCAUUUCUUAAUCAUUCAUCAUUAUUAUCAUUUUGUUCUGGCAUUUGA